AUGGAAAAUAAGACUGCUGAUAGUCUGAGCCUAGAGAACAACUCUGAGGUGCAGCAAAAGAACGGCGAAGUGUUGAUCACAGUGUUAUCAACGAAUGGACGAGAAAUACCAGUCUCAAGCGAAGGAGUUGACUUAGCGUACGAAUAUGCCCAAAAAAAUGAUAAUGCAACCUUUGAUCCGAAGAUUGAAAAGCAAUUAGUGAGGAAAAUUGAUUGGAUGGUUUUACCAUUGAUUGUAGGUUUAAUGGCGUGUCAAUUUUUGGAUAAGACCACAAUAUCAUAUGCUUCAAUUAUGGGUAUAAGAACCGAUUUGAACAUGGUUGAUGGGCAAAUGUACUCUUGGGUUGGUUCUUCAUUUUAUUUUGGAUAUUUGGUGUUCCAGCCACCAGCAAACAGAAUAUUACAGAAAUUUCCAAUUGUGAAAACUUUAGGAGUGGUGGUUAUUUUAUGGGGUAUUAUCUUGUGCUGCCACAGUGCUUGUCGUACAGCUCCUGAACUUCUAGUUGUUCGUGUAUUACUAGGUUGCUGUGAAGCAUUUAUGUUUCCAGCAUAUAUUCUACUUACUGCUCAGUGGUAUAAAAAGGAUGAGAACUUCUUGAGAUCUAGUAUUUACAUUGGAUUUCAAGGGUUAGGGAGUAUUUUUGGUUCAAGUUUGAGUUAUGGAUUAUAUAUUCGUUCUGAUGAGUAUUCGAUACCUUCUUGGAAAAUUUUAUUCAUUGUGACUGGUGUCAUCACAAUUCUUUUAGGUGCCAUAUCUUUAAUUCAUUUGCCAAACACUGCGUUGGAUGCAUGGUUCUUGAAUGAUGAGCAAAAGAGUUGUGCCGUGGAACGUAUUAGAACGUCUCAUCAAGGUUUUGGAAAUUCGAAAUUUAAAUUUAGUCAAUUGAAGGAAACCCUCUUGGAUAUUAGAGCCUAUUUGGUGUUUAUUUAUGCAAUGUCUUACUGCAUUCCCAAUGGUGGUUUUGGAAACUUUAGUUCAAUUCUUUUAAGUGAAGAUUUUGGUUUUUCUACUGGAGAUGCUUUAUUAAUGGGCAUGUGCGGCGGUGCAAUUGACAUGUUGACAGCCCUAAUCGCCUGGGUCGGACCUAUGAUCUGUAAGAGCAACUUAAUUAUUUGUCUUGUAGUAAACUCAAUCUGUCUUGUGGGUACUUGCUUAUUAGCUUUCAGUCAUGAUAGGGGUGCUAAAUUAUUUGGAUAUCUAAGUUUUUACUUAGCGACUGUAGUCCUUGCAGGAAUGUCUUCGUAUAACUCAAUCAAUUUUGCCGGAACUACAAAAAAAAGCAUAAUUAAUAUCUUUUAUUUCGUGGGCUACUGUGCUGGUAACAUCGUUGGACCUCAAACUUAUCGAAGCCAACAGGCACCACAGUAUAUUGGAGCUAAAGUUGCAAUGGUUGUUGCGUUUAUAGCCGGGAACUUAUCAAUUGCUGCGUUAUACCUCAUGGGCUUGAGAGAAAACCACAAACGUGACAAAGUACAAGCUAGUCAGCCUACAGAAAAAAAUGACUUCCUCGAUCUCACUGAUAAGGAGAAUAUUAAUUUUAGAUAUACAUUAUGA